GAAAGUAUUUUUACCAGGAAGGCUAAAUUCGAUUGGAUCAUUUAGCCAGAAGCUUGUCAAGCUUGUCCAAUCAGACCUAUGAUUUCAUUCUUGUAGAUAAAAACGUGUCACUUAAAGUUAACCAGAUUUUACUGGAAAAUUUAUGAAUUUUAUCCAUUCUUUUCCUCCAUUCCAGCCACAUAUUCCAAACCAUUCAACUAAUUCGACACGAGAAUAUUUCCUACAAUAAAAUGUACCCCACCGAUUCACAAGGAAGCGAAGAAGGCCGACUUGCUGCCGUCCAACGCCACCAAUCUCGAUACAAGGCGGCCUCCACGGCGACCAGGAAUGCCGCGCGGCUCAAGCGCCUGGCCGAGCUGAACGAGAAAGCGGAACGUUUAGGGAUUCGGGACGGAUGUCCGCUGGGCAGUACCAUGGCGUCAGAAGAAGGAGCAGUACUUCCCCUCACCAGUUCUGGAAACGAUGGGAGGUUAGAUGAUGAUGCGCUUCGAGCUCGAUGGGCUGCUAGGAUGCAGGAGCAGUACAACGAGACAAAUAAUACGGGACGACCAGAGGGAGAAACUUCGGGAGAUCUUGGUGCCAGUACCAGUCAGCAAAGCGUUCAAGAUCGUUCCGUGGACGGAGAAAAUUACGAGAUAAAAGGUCUUUGUCCAAAGCAUAUUGCCGUCUUGGAAGAAAAAGUUGCACAAAUAAGGACCCCCCCGGAUGUCGCCGUCUUGCAGAAAAAUUCGAGGCGUUUGAGCAAGAUAAAAAAUAAACUUUCGAUCAUUAAGGCUCAGAACUUGACCACAAUAGGUCUCCAAUCUUUCGAACACCUCGUACAACGGGAGAUCACCCUUCUCAACAAAGUCACCAACCUCCUGACCUCUCACCAACGUGCGUUAUCCGCCCUGGAAAGGAUCGAGGUAGAAGGUCCCCUCCUCCGAGAAUGGAUGUCCCGAGCAAUCCAAACCUUCCAAAGCAGAGAAAAUCUCGUCCCCACGAUCCUCAACGAGUGGGACGAAGCUAAAAAGAAGAUCAAAAAGCUUUCGCAGCAUGGCAAAGAUUUGAAACUAUUCUGCGCCGAAGGUUUCAUCGAGUCGAAUAAAUUCACGACUUUAAUUAACCAAUUAAAAACGGACUGGAGGAAAUUGAAGGGGUUUAAAGAAGUUUAUUUCGCUCGAGAUAAAAAGAUUUUAUGCUCAAUUUGUGUCGGACAAGAUGUGGAUUUCGUUUUGAUGUGUGGACACCCCUUUUGUGGAAACUGUAUACAGCAGAUGACGCGUUGUGCGACGUGUCGCGAACCGAUUACUGGGAUGAUUAAGAUUUAUUGGCAAUUGUAAAUAUGGUGCAGCCCCAGUACUAAUAAUUUAUUUAUACUUUCAAAUUUCCAAUACUUGCAAAUUAAAUAAGUUAAAUAAAGUCAAAUAAUUACAACUGAUUAAUCGAUAUGAAUGUAAUCUGAUGAAUUUUUUCUAAAAGUUACGCAGUACAAACAAAAGAUUAAAUUUGGUGCGAACUUCUUUAAGAACUUUUGAGCGAAGGUAAUAUAUAAGAGUAAAUACAUGUUGAGUUUUGUGCUGCUACAAUUAACAACUAUUUAACGAAUUUGAAUAUUUUUUAGUGAAACCGAAUAAAGAGGUGCAAAAUA